AUGGAUUCUGAUUCUGUUCCUUCCAGCCCAAUUCCUAUUGUUUCCACUUUCAGUUCCCCAUUUGAGGGUUCUCCAAAGGGGAAUGGUUCAACAAGAAAACCCCUUAGUUUGUGGCCAGGAAUGUACCAUUCGCCUGUGACAAAUGCUUUGUGGGAGACAAGGUCAAAAACAUUUGAGAGACUUCUUGAUGCCCCGCUUGACGCACCUCCACAAAGUGAAUUGUUGACAAAAACUCCAUCUCAGAGUAAGAUGACUAUUCUGUAUAAUUUUUCGACUGACUAUAUUCUGAGAGAGCAGUAUAGGGAUCCUUGGAAUGAGGUCAGAAUUGGGAAGUUGCUUGAAGAUCUUGAUGCUCUUGCUGGAACUAUUUCAGUCAAGCAUUGUUCCGAUGUUGAUAGCGCAACUAGACCACUCUAUUUGGUAACUGCUUCUGUUGACAAAAUGGUGCUGAAGAAGCCCAUCAGUGUUGAUAUUGAUCUGAAGAUAGUUGGUGCUGUAAUUUGGGUUGGCCGAUCUUCUAUUGAAAUUCAACUGGAAGUCACUCAGCCACCAAUUGAGAUAACUGAUGGAUCAGAAUCAGUUGCUCUGACUGCCAACUUCAUUUAUGUAGCUCGUGACUACAAGACAGGGAAAGCUGCUCCGGUAAAUCGACUGAGUCCAGAAACAGAUCGGGAAAAAAUGCUCUAUGAAGCAUCAGAAACAAGAAAUAAACUAAGGAAAAGGAAGUUCAAAGAAGACAGAAAGGAAAUUGAGAAUGGAGAGAUGGAUAGAUUUGCAGCAUUACUGUCUGAGGGACGGAUCUUCUGUGACAUGCCAGCAUUGGCCAAUAGACACAGCGUUCUCCUCAGAAAUACCCGCCUCGAGAACUCUUUAAUUUGUCAGCCACAGCAAAGGAACAUUCAUGGUCGGAUCUUUGGAGGAUUUCUAAUGCACCGAGCAUUUGAAUUAGCUUUUUCAACAGCUUAUGCUUUUGCCAGCAUAAUGCCAAGCUUUCUAGAAGUUGAUCACGUUGAUUUUCUGAAACCAGUGGAUGUCGGAGAUUUCUUGCGUUUCAAAUCGUGUGUGUUGUACACAGAAUCUGAGAACUCAGAUCAGCCUCUAAUUCACAUAGAAGUUGUUGCACAUGUUACAAGGCCAGAACUCAGGUCUAGUGAGGUGUCGAACAGAUUUUACUUCACAUUCACAGUUCGUCCCGAGGCAAAGGCUAUGGACGAUGGAUUUAGGAUCAGGAAGGUUGUUCCAGUGACAGAGGAGGAAGCACGCACGAUUUUGGGGCGCAUGGAAGCUGAUUCCCUAUAA